AUGGAUUUGGCUGAAUUGUGGGCGAUUUUCGGGCCGGGUUUCUCCGGCGCCGUUUUCGGAACCGGUUGGUGGUUCUGGGUCGACGCCGUAGUCUGCAGCUCCAUCCAAGUUCCCUUCGUUCACUACCUUCCCGGCAUAUUCGCAUCUCUCGGAGCAUUGAUGUUCAAUUGCGUCAGAAAAGAAGACAUCGAUUACUCUCCUUAUGACGAAGGCGAAUGGAGAUUGAAACUAUGGCUUUUCAUAGCGUAUGUGGUAGCGUUUGUUUCCUUAGCUGCUUCUGUUGGUUUGCUGAUUCAAGAUUCGGUCGUGAAGACCGGGCCUUCCACCUGGACUGGCGUGGCUGGUGUCUUUCAAUGUGUGUUCGUGUUGAUAAGUGGGCUAAUGUAUUGGACAUCGCAUUCAGAGUAA